AGGAUGGAGUUGUCACUCAUGGCAGCGCAGCAUUUUCAAGCAGUCAGCGGGGCCUUCAUGGAUUCCCCAUACAAUGGCAGCACAUCCCUUCAGACUUCCACCUCUAACCUCAAUGCUAACUUCUCCCGACCAGCUGAGCAAGAAGAGGAGGGCAAGUUCUCCAGCGAUGCCAUCUGGCUGUGGGUAGCUGUCAUUGCAACCAUUGGCAACAUAGUGGUGGUAGCUGUGGUGUGUGCCUGUGCCUUUUAGACCCCAUAGUCUGCAAGAACACAACCUGAACUCCUGAUCCUUUACCCUUAGCACACUUUAGCAUGCAGCAACCUUGAUCUCUCCUUUCUCCUGAGAUAUCCUUUAAUAUAAUUUUGUCCAUUUAAGUGAAUUGAUUAGUUAUAUUAUAGUGUGGUAUACAUAUUGUUUAUUUUAAAUGAAUUACUUAGCUCGUAUUCUUUAAAUAUAAUGAUGAAAAAUGUUGUUUUGUGACCAAACAAAAUGUGGGUACAUUUAUUCUUAAGAAGUAGUCACCAAAGAGUUUGCUUGGUUAUAUAAGCCAGUUCUAU